AUGGAGCUGUCUGUGGAGGUUCACCGCAUGCGGUAUGACGCUUAUGAGAUGCGACCACAUCGUCAGCUGGACCUGAGAGGAGUGAGACUGCAGAUCAACGAGAGGACCAGACCCCCUGACUGUCAGGAUGGAACUAGGUACUCUGUCGAGGAGACAAACCAAUUUCAUGGGCAGGACCAAGAAGAUGAUCGCAUGGGUACAUUUUCUCUCCCAAGGCAAAUAACAGUAAGCAGGUUAGUACACUAACGGCGCAAACAGCCUCCGAACAAUCUGAUUCUGUUACCCCAAAUAAACAGUGGUAUAUGGCAAGGAGCACUCUUACAAACUAGGUACCAUGUAAUCUAAUAAACUGAACUACAGGGAGGGAAGCGUCGGUUCGUUUAUGGACAGUCACGUCAUGAUUAACGGGCCCGGAAAGUUAUUGUUAUUCACAUUUAAGAAAGAGACUGGUUUCCUUUGUUAGCCAGGAACCACGCUCUUGUUCUUUAGAUUUUCAUUUGAGUAUAUGAGUUUUAACCUCAUCCCAGAGCUUUCACCUCCUCAAAGGGAAAGCCUUUGGACGAUUGGGGAUGAGGCUGUUUGAAUUCGGGGCCCCAGGCCGCUCGAGGCUACUAAGCCACACUAACGCGACUGAAAAGAAGGCUAUACGUUGUUCAGUGAAGACAAUAUGGUGGAGUUUUUUUACUGACUUAUCAUCCACCAAAAGGGAAAUGGUCGGAUUAUGUUCAGACUGCUGGAAACAUUUUGCUCUUCUCAAACUGAGUUGCUUCUAUAGCUUCGAUGAUCCUCUCAAUUACUCCUAGUUAUCCUUCGAGUUGUAUUAUAGAUGUUUUUUAUAUAUUCAUUAUUUUAUCUUCAUCUUCCAUGGGUUUACAACAAACCACUGAACCAAAUCAGACCAGCCCCCUUGGUUUAUUUGUAAGCUCAAUUCAGGGUUAGACUGUGCGCGCUUCACUGGUCAUGGUAUUGCUGAAGUUCAAGGAUUCGAGGUCUUCUUACAAGAGCUUACAAGCCUGAAUUUUACGACUGCGUUGUAAAGGUUCCUUCUUACUGCUAUGAUGUUCUGUAUUUAAUUUUUAUUGACUUUAUCCUACAGUUCUAUAUGUUCAUAUAUACAUUGUUUGUUAAUUACCGUUUCAAAUCCUUUUUGAAAGAUUAAAAAGACGUUCAGUCUAACCAAUUUCAACAGUUUUCAAAAAAUAACUGAUAUAAUGAUAAGGUGAUUAUUAUUUCCAUAGGUUAUAUCCCCAAGAGCCAGUGCCAUUCAUUGGUCAGAACUGUGGUGGAAAAUAUACUUGGAAGAUAGAGCAUUUCUCUCAGCACAUCCAGGAUGCUUUCAGUGGAAUAAUAACAUCACACGGGAGUCCUCCAAUUUACACAGGUCUACAAGAAUACAAGUUCUUCAUGCGUAUCUUCCCAAAAGGCGUUAAUGGUGGGGAUCAACGGCACAUUGGCCUUUUUGUCGGCAUGAUGCAGGGAGAAUACGAUACUAUUCUGGAGUGGCCCUUCUGUGGACGAAUCGAUCUCACCAUCAAGGAUCAAACUGGUGAUGUUAAUGGCUUCCGCAACGAUAUCAGUGGUACUUUCAUGGCAAAAAGAGAUCUGAGAGCUUUUCAGAAACCCACUGCCGCUGGGCCAUACAGCACCCUGUAUGGCUACGCAGAGUUUGCACCCAUAGCCCUGGUUUGCUCCCCACAGUACUUAAAAGAUGAUAAUGUGAUGAUCAAGAUCGAGAUUCAUAAAAACACCUAA